UUUGUUAACAAUAUUUUUCAAUUAUACCCUUUUCAACCCCAAGUCUUCAACGAGAGCCAGAAGAACUCCAUUAAGAGCAAAACAGAAAUAGAAACCCUAAUAAACACACAAACUGAUCCUUUUUUUCUUUAAUUAUUUCAAAUUUGCAUUUCAAGAUCUCUGUUCAUCAAUAAAGGGAUUGGUUCUGUGUUGGUUAUGGCAAAUUCCAAGGGGUCAGCAAAUGUUAGAAAUUUUAUGUACUCCGGAAAGCAUGCCUUGCUUCCUCCAAAAAUUCCUUUUCCGAGUGUUUCUCCAUCAUAUGUUGAUUAUGUUCCCAGCAGUGUAAUAGGAUCAAAAGCUGUUCAAAGGCCUAAGGAAGGAAAUUCUCAUCACUUACGAACAUCAUCUGAGACACUUGUCAUAGAGGAGCAACCUUCUUGGCUUGAUGAUCUCCUUGAUGAGCCAGAGACUCCUGUUCGCCGAGGAGGUCAUCGACGUUCAUCUAGUGACUCCUUUGCGUAUAUUGAUGUUGCUAACUCUUAUAACACAGAUUAUGCUGCACAAGAUGAUUACAGAUAUAAAAAUAUGAUCAUACCUUCUUGGGGAUCUCAAGACUAUGAUUAUCAUAAAGAUGCUAGGCAAGCCUCUCUCUAUGCUGAUGUAAACCCUACUAAGCAGAGAAAUAGGACUUUGAUUUCAUCUCCAAAUCCACUAACACGUCAGAGUGGGCUUCUUUCUGCGAGGGAGAGUGCUGUUACACAAAACUCGGGAUGUGCGCUACAGGAAGCAGAUGGGAUUCCAUCUUCAUUAAGUGAGAAACAAGAAUCAGCUGAAUCUAGUCCAUAUGAUUCAAAAGCUUCAUCUGAAAGAAAAGAUUGUUCUCAUGCCAAGUCUUCAAUAGCAGAGACUGAUACAAAGCGUGCUAAACAGCAAUUUGCUCAACGCUCUAGGGUUCGAAAACUUCAGUACAUAGCUGAGCUGGAAAGAAAUGUACAAGCUUUACAGGCAGAAGGAUCUGAAGUUUCAGCUGAGGUUGAAUUUCUCAACCAGCAAAAUCUCAUUCUGAAUAUGGAGAAUAAAGCCCUUAAGCAACGUUUAGAAAAUUUAGCCCAGGAGCAGCUUAUUAAAUACUUGGAGCAUGAAGUUUUGGAGAGAGAGAUCGGCAGGCUAAGAGCCUUGUAUCAGCAGCAACAGAAACCGCCACAACAACAGCAACCAUCUUCCAGCCAUCGCCGAACUAACAGCAGGGACCUUGAAUCCCAGUUUGGAAAUCUCUCAUUGAAGCAUAAGGAUGCAAAUUCUGGCCGUGAUCCUGUGACAGGCUCACUGCGUACUUAGAUAUAUGAUUUAACCGGAGACAUGUUGUACCACUGUUUUUUACCUUAGCUGGGCUACCACAUUGACCGUCAUCAUUUUCUCCUGGAGUGGGGAUGAAAUCCGAGUUUGUCCAGUCUCCUUCCCAUCUAUCCACGAUAUUUCCACAAGUUCUUUUUUUUUUCUUCUUCCGUUUCUUGGUCCCUUUCAUUUGAUUAGCAUCCUCACGUGCACCUGGUAGUCUCUUAUGGAAAAUUAUGUUUUCCGACAAGAUGACUCAUCGGAGGUGGUAACUUACAGAGAACAGAGGUUUAAUGUCCGGGAGCCUCUCCGCAUGUUUAAGUGAUUAUAAUUCAGAAAAUUUGUAUCCUUCCCGUUGUCCAUUAGGACUUACCACUUUGUGGAGUAGAUUGUAGUGAAGGAUCUGUAGGGCCAAUGUUGAAUAUGCAUAAGCUGUAACAACGUUAUUCAGCAGAAACGCUUUCUUGUAAAAUUUGUUCAAUGCAAUGUCCAUGUCUUGUUGCUGAUUUGGUUACUGGGAA